AUGUGCAACGAAAGACGGUGCUGCGUAAAUGAAGCCGCACUUAAUCAAGUCAAGUUUUAUUUCCCAAACCUCUUCAGUAUUACUUGCUUUAGUCAUGUUAUUGACAAUAGUGGAAAGAAAUUUCAGUUCAGAAUCUUAGAUACAUUUAUCAGGCACUGGAAUAGCAUGUUUUCUCAAAGCCCUGCUGUACGACUAGCGUGGAAGACUAAAACUGGUAAAGCCAUGCGUACCGCUUCAACAACAAGGUGGUGGAGCAAGUGGGAAGUCGUUAAUCAAGUUCAUGACUAUUUUGGGGAUGUGGAGCCUUUCAUCAGAGGAAUUGAAGAUCUUGCUCCUGCAUUACGUGCUCAUUAG